GCGAGGGCCACUUCCUGUUAGUUGAGGGUUGCCACUGUAGGCUAUAAGCAGUAAAAACAGAAAGGUAAAAAAAAAUUGCACAUCACUUACCAGGCCAGGCAACACAAAGAAACAACAUCCACAGAAACUGUCAUCUCAGGGAAUGUAAUGGGAAUGAGAGGGACAGCGACUAUAUUGUUUUUGGCCAUACAUAUAUCCGAUGCAGAGGCUAUGCAACCGAGCGACCCAGUUUAUUGUUAUAUUUUAGAUGUAAUUCUGCUGCUGUAUUCUAUCAUUUUUACUGCUCUCUACUUCAGAGAGAAGUUACUGAGGAAAGGGUCUGUUCCUGAAGACCCUUCAGAGCCUGCAGCCCCUACCCGUGACCCAAAUGAGCCUGUUUAUACAGAUUUGGAUCUGCCUCAGAUGGAUUCCGAUUAUCAGCAAUUGAACAGACCGAUUAGAAGACGGGAGGAAGAGACUCAAUAUCAGGAACUCAGAGGACAAUCGAAUGAUGAAUACCAGCGAAUAAAUCCCACAGGACGCAAUCCUCGCAAAUCCAAGAACAAAUCUAAUGAGGCUCGAACAGGAAGGAGAAGGGAUGCAGCUGAGGCUGUGGAGAUGUACACACUUCCCCAAUAACAUCACACUACUAUAGUGUGAAUUCAACAAGAACCUGAUUAUCUACAAACUAACAGCUAAAUCAUCAUGUAUCUCUAUUGAAUGCAUUCAUGUAUUUUGUGUGAAUUUGUUACUUAGUCAAUAGUUUUUUGGUAUCUUGUGUGUGUGUGUAUAUGCAACCUUUGGUUAAAAGAGGUUCUUGAAUGCUUUAACACACAAGCACAAAUAAUGUAUACUGGUCUGUGUCUAGCAGCACAGUCUGUUGUCGUUUCUACAUAUUUUGUAUGAGUA